GAUGCUGGACUUUAAUGGAGACAGGCUCAAACUGACAGACUGGCCACCCGUUCUCAACUCUAUCUCCAUCAACAAACACCUGCAGCAUAUUGCAAUAAGUAGCACAUACCAAACUAGCCUGGGUUCUGGAGAGGCAGGUAAAGCAUAUUUGCCUAUGGUAUUAACCUGUACAGGAAAAGUUAAAUUAGAAACUUGAAUGACUUACCACGUUUGCACACUAAUCAUAUCAACACCAAUUUCAGACAGAAGGUACUGUAAGUCUAGCUUCAGGAAGAAGAUCCCAGCCAUUCGCUCUAAGGACAUGACAUUUAAGUUGUGCAAGGCCCUGAGGGAGUGUCUGACCGUCUCUUCCAACAUUAAGACUCUGAAGCUUAAUGGACUUCCACUUAGAGAGAGGGACCUCAUCGCCUUGACAAAGGGUUUAGCAAAAACUGUUACCUUGGAAAACCUAUCUCUGGCUAACUGUCCAAUCAGUGAUGAGGGCUUAGAGGUGAUUUGUCAAAGUGUUAAAUAUUCUUCAAGCAUCAGGACGGUAAAUUUUUCAGGAUGCAAUCUCACUUGGAGAGGGGCAGAGCAUAUGGCCAACAUCAUCAAGCAUCAGGGAAUGCAGAGGCAUGGUACUGCAUGGGCGGAGUCUCUGAGGUAUCGACAACCACAGUUUGAGGGAAUGGGAGGUCUCCGCCGUAUCACCCUUAACUGUAACACUUUGAUUGGGGACCGGGGUGCUGCUGCCCUUGCGCAUGAACUGGCCGAGGACCUCUGGGUUAAAGCUGUGGACCUACAGAGAUGUGGUCUGUCCAAUGAAGGAGCUCGUCGUUUGCUGGAAGCCUUCAAAACAAAUUCUGCCCUUUGUGUACUGGAUAUUCGUAGUAACCCUUUAGUUGACAAGGUCUUAAUUAAAACUGUAAUAGAGAAAGUGCUGAUGAAUGCUGAUGGACAAUCACUAGAGUACCACUGGAUCAAGCCUGCAGCCACCGAGCCACAGAGAGCUCCUGUUGCAAAGAAGCGAUCACUGCCCAGUUCAGUCAGAGGAAAAGCUACAUUUAGGAUGGCCCAUCGUAAAGGAACAUGUAAUGGAGGGCGGAGUUCAGCUGUUGCUCAGGCACAGAAGCCCUAUUCCCGUUCCUGCUUGAUUCCAUGGCGUGCUGCUGCGCGAGCUGGACGCCAGAGAGGUCUGCCUCCCGGAUUAACCGUGAUGGACCAAAGCUUUCAGGGUGCAGCUACUGUGAAGGUUACUGUAGAUUCAAAUUCAGAGGGGGAGUACGACGAGGAAGACGAAGAGGCAGAAGUGGUGGUGGAAGUGGAGCAGAGACCAUCUUCUUUCAAUCUCCAGGACAGGAUCACUGGACGGCAGUUUGAGCGUAUGCAGAUGGAGCUAAAAGAGUGUCGUCUGAGGCUGGCAGAGGAGCGCAGAGCCAGACUGAAAGCUGAGUCAAGGCUCAUGGAGUAUGAGUUGGAGAACGCCCGUCUUCGUGAUGCCAACCACUCCCUGUCUGAGGCACUUGCAGCCACUGGCUCUGGAUCAGCACAACCUGCUGUCAGUGCUCUUGAAGAUGAGGCCGUACUUGAGAGCAUUGAAAGUUCAUUUACGAAAUUCCAUGCUUUCCUUGAUCUCCUCAGGGAUGCUGGCCUAGGUCAGCUAUCUGCAAUGGCUGGAAUUGACAAGUCAGAUUUCCAACCUCUGGGAAGACCUCAGCUCUCCUCUACAAUAGGAACACAUCUGGAGGGUGCAGCAACUUUGACUAGAGGGGACUAUCGGGAUGUUCGGAAUAAGACUGGUGCCUUUUCUUUGGUAGGCAAUGGCCUACCUGCUCUCCCUGGUGGCCCAGGUGACACCACCCCGCACAGAACUUCAUCCUUUGUCAGGGAGUCCUUGCGAGAAGACAGGAGACUGGAUGUGACCUUCAGUAAGGCUUCUGGACCUGCAGUAGAAACUGGUAUGGGUGGAGAGGUGGAACCAGAUCGAUAUUCCAAGCCCGGUACCCAGUGUGACUCAGGUUCUGAGCACAGUUUCCGGAGCCAAAUAUCCUUUGAUAAGGUUUCCUUUGGUAAAACUUUUCAGACUGAACCAAGCAAGCACAAGAGCAACAGCAACUCUCACCGGAGCAAUUCUCAUCAUAGCAAUGGCUCCCAUGGAUACAACAAAAGCUAUAGUCAAAGUCAUGCUUCCCAUAGCAAUGGGUCUCUUGGUGGAUUUUCUGUAAGAUCGAGUGCUAGUGACAUUAUAGGUGACAAGGCAGAUUCUGUGGGAUCAGUAGAGUCAAAGACCAGGGGAAAGGGAAGGCUAAUGACAAUAGGUCAGUCAGGGUCAGAAGGGUCAGCAGGGAAAGUCUAUCCUGGGAGGGAGACUCUGGAGCAGAUCAUGUCGCUGGGUGGUCUGAGGGGGCAGUCAGAUAAUGAAUCCUUCUGAGCAGGUGACCAGAGAAAUAUUAGAAAAGCCUUCUCAGUGACUUCUCCUUAAAGUUCUUUCUGUCACAUCUAAAGAUUGUUGUUCACUUUAAGAAUGUUUAUGAUGUAGAUUUUAUAAAUCUUUUUUUAAGUAUAGAUUUACUUUAAAAUCUUUAGAAGGCCCAUGACCACAAUUCAAUUUAAUAUCUUGUUGCAUUUAAGCCAAAGUAGGGGAAGAGUUAAAGGUCCCAUGAAAUUAAUAUUGGAGUUACUGAUUGUGGAAUGUGUCAAAAAUGCAAUGUAUAUUUUUGUAUUCACAUUUUACACCUUUUUUUUUUUGUUAGUCUUCAAGUUUUUUGCUGACAUGUUUUGCACUUGGAGGCAUGUACAAUAUAAAGAUUUCAUUCAGUAAAGUGUAACAGUAGAUAUUUGGGAUUCGAUCUCGAUCUAGUCUUGAUUAAAAACCACAAAUCAAGUUCCUCCCAUUGCAAUCCAGUUUAAUGUGGGAACAUAUCAACCCUCAGGAAAAUUACAUUAUCAAAGACAUGUCAUUGGAGGUUUAAGUGAAAAUGCACUGCUUCUUUCACACAAUAUAUAUUUAUUUUUACAAUUUAAGUGCUGACAGACUUUUGAUGGAUGUUGAAUUUGUCCUCAAUUUGAUUUUAAUUUGGUCUUUUUAAAAAAAAAAAAAUCUUCUAUGAUGUAGAAUUGUAUAAUUUGUUGUAUUGUAUCACUGUUAUCACUUGUUCCUAUUAGGAUAUUCUGCACAUUUUUCAAACUUGUAUUUUAUAGUAAACAUGUUAGCAGUUUUAAAUUGUGUUUCUGAGCUUUUAAAUUCAAAAACUGUCUAUCACUCCAAAUUCAGUAAAGUCAAAAAUGCUUGUGAAAUACUUUAUGAGUUUUUAAUAUGCUCUUAAUAUGCACAGUUCAUGCCAUUAACAUGUGCAGAAGUAAGAACUAAUACUAACUAAAUAUAUAACACCUACCCUCAGAAUGGCUGUUUACUGAAAUCAAAAUGUAGGUUUUACUGAUAUUUGUUUUCAGUACUGCAUAUGUUGAUAGAACUCACAAAUUGUGUCUGAAUACUUUUUGGAUCUGUGUCUACUCUAAAUGUAGAUACCAUUUUUUGGAGGAUGUGAGCCUCCUUCACAGGACCUGCGUCUGUUUGCUACAUUAUGUUGUUUAUGGCCUUUGGUGCUCUGAGAGACAAGGACAUGGGGCCGAAGUAUGAUCUUUGUGGGUUAAAAUAGGACAUAGUGUUCUGUUUUCCACUACGAGUGAGUACCAAACACCAGUAAAAGCCAAAAGUACAGUUCUCUGCAAAAGUGAAAAGGGUACAUAGAGUUUUUCAUUUAUACUGCCUUCUUAUUGUUUUGGUCAUCUUAACUGCUUUUAUCUUACCUUUUAACUGCUUGAUACUCAAUGAUUUACAUGACAUUCUCAUUGUUUAUUGAGAUUUUCUUAUUUCUAAUUAGUGUACAAAGAUAGUUUGAAAUGGGAAUAGUAUUUUACAACUACUAGUAAUAUUAGGAAAUGCUUUGAAAGGUGAAGUGUGCAUGAAAUGGGAAAGAACAAAAAUGACUUUACAAGUGAGAGCAGUUUCUCAGCUGUAUUUGCACUGGAGUAAACAUCAGCCUGAAUUGGCCUGUACUGUGCCUGGACAAUGUGUGACAAUUGAUGAUGUCUGAGGGCAUCACAGUAUGAAGCAGGUGUUUAUUCACAGUAUGCAUGCUAAUGCUGUGGCGGUUUAGAUAUGUAUAUAUAUAUAUAUAUAUAAAAGAGGGAUUUCUGCAACAUCCCAGUUGUAAUAAUUCAACAAAAACAAAAUCGAAAUGUAAACUUUAAAGAAGAAAUAGCAUUCUUACAAAUGAAAAGUGGAAUUGAUAAACACACACAACCUUGCUCAGGUCACUUUAAUGCUUGUAUGGCUUAAAUUAUUACCACUUGGAAUUGAGAGUUUUUGUGUCUUUUAUGGUACCAAAAUUCAGUUUGAGUUUUAAAUGAUCACAGUAUGUUUUGAUAUUGUUUAAAGAUAUUUCAUAAGAUAGUUCAAUUCUCCAUCUUCGGUGUUCAGCCGAUUAACCAUCAUUGGCCAUCAAUUCAUCCUUACCCUUAUGUUUUAUGUUUGUAUAUUUGUUUUUGUGAAUAAGCAAAUUAAAAAAAGAUGAUGCCCUGUU